AUGGCGGAGCCCGAGCCAACGGAGGAGCUGCCGCCAAUCGGCGGCGACCCGCACAACGCCGUGCAGAUGAGGCCGGUGCGAACUACAUACGGUGAGGACAUUCCCGCAGGUGGUUAUGUUGUCAAGAUGGCCAAGUCGGCACCUCUGUCGGAUUUGAAGGCGGCGAUGGCGCAGAAGCUCAGCAUCUCCGAGGACACGAUCACCUUUGCCUACGAGGGCGAAGAGAUGGACGAGAAGAAGACCAUCAAGGACAAUGGAAUCCCUGAGCCGGGACCGGCUGCUCGGCGUGCCGGCGCCAGGGUGGAGCUCCUGUUCUUGAUUCGAGCUGGUGUCGAAAUCGGCGCCCAGCGCGCUCGUCGAGAGGCAGCAGAGGCGGCAGAAGAAGCAGAACGUCUUCGCGUGGAAGAGGAAGCGCUCAGGAGGAAGGAAGAGGAAGAGAGGCGAGUCAAAAUGGAAGAGGAGCAAAAAAUGGCAGCCAAAAGAAAGGCUGACGCGGAGGCAGAACUCCGACGACAGGAGGAAGCACGCAGAAACAAUCGAUGUGUUCUACGCUGUUUAGAAAUCGGGGGAGGUGGUGGCAAGGAGCUAGUAACUGCGAGCAACCUGACCGUCAUGGAGGUUGCUCGCCAGUUGUGCAGAGAGCUGAACAUGCUCCGAGAUGAGGAGCAUCAAGGUGGAAUUGUGCUUCUCCACAAUGGCCAGCCACUUCCAGGACGUCAGACUCUUCAGGAUGCGGGCAUACGGGAUAACGAUGAGGUGUAUUACUUCUGGGGAGAAGGCGGUGAAGCCGUAGCGUGUUUGGCUUCAUUCAGGCCAUGCAAGCCGCUGCAAGAGACGUCCAAGCGGCAGCAAAAGAAACAGGUCUUGCGAGACGCACGGCAAGAGAGGAAGGGCCAGAAGAAGCUUCAGAAGCAGGUUGAAGCCUUGGAAGCAGCAUUGGCGGCGUUGGAUGGAUGUCUGAAAGCGCAUCUGGGAGACGUCGGACAUGACAGAGCGGACAGGGCGACGCGUGAUGCGCUACUGGAAGCGUUUGGGGCCACAGGAUGCCGUUACCAAGAACUGCCACUUGUUCAUGGGCCUUGCCCUGCCGAAGGCUUGCGUCUCCUGGGUUCCUGCCUUCUUCGACCGCAACGCUACAAUGCCAAAUUUCUCCCACAAGAAUAUUCGCUCCUGCACAAAGUCUGGAGUCUUUUCCGUGGGGACACUAGGAGAUGUGGAGUGCUUGACAUCGGAGCUGGCAAUGCCAACUGUGCGGUCCUAGCUGCCGCGCUGCUUGGGUUAACAGUGAUCUGUGUCGAGCGCGAGUCCCCAAGAAAGGAGUUGCGUGCAGAGGAACAACUCCCAACAGCAUUGAAGGGUAAAGUGAUUCGCAUCGAAGCAGACAUCGCUGACUUCGACACCAGUGCCCUAGCCAGCCUGGCCUGCAGACACGACUUGGACAGAUUCGUGCUGCUUGCCAAGCACCCUUGUGGGAUCGGCGUUGAUAGGUCCAUAGAGAUGGCUGUCCAGCUGCGACGAUCAUCCAGAUUGCCGGCAAGUGCGCCGCAGCCACCAAUUCUGCUUGGGGUCGUUAUCGCAACUUGCUGCACAAACAAACUGAGCCUGGACGAUUUCAGGGAGUCCAGAGUGGAAGAGUUCUGUGCCAUGUAUGCGGAUCCGACAGGGACAGGCUCCAAGACUUUGGCUUUGGUCAGAGCAGUUGAAGUAAUGAGUCGGUGCAGUGCCUGGCGAAGCGCAUCAGAAAGCCUAGGAAAUGCAAUCACCAGCCAGCAAGUGUCUUGGGCAGAACUCUUCGAAGACCAUCUGCAAUCCCUCCGCCUGAAGCGCUUGUCGACAGCCUUCGGCACCUCUGUGGAGGUGCGCUUUGCACCUCGGGAAUGUACGCUCCAGGAUAGGUGCCUCCUAGCUGCGGAAAGCUCCGUGCCCGAGGCGAUCUACGCGUCGUCGGAUCCCGCAUUUCUCCAACAACUCGCGCGGGGCGUGCGGGAGCUUUCCGAGGCGGCGGGUGGUCCAUUGGACUGCAGGCCGGCUUUUAAGCUUCGCGCACGCGAGACCCUGCGAUCGGACGAUGGGACAGUGAUGCGAUCGGGAGCGGGCAGCCAGCAUUUGCCCUUAGAAGCUCUUCAGCACGUGCAGGUAUCAGAUCUCAAGCUGCAAAGCACAAGCGAGCAGUCCUCAUGGGAGCAUCAACAAAGCCUCACCCACACGGUCAAGCUGUCUUUGCACUGUCUCGAGAGAUCCGACGUCGCCUUGGUGCAGCCCUGCGCUGCCAUGCCACGGGGCUUGCGGAGAUUACGUACACGGACGAGGGCUGCGCGCUCGACCCGCCAUCAGAUGGGACAUGGCCGUCUGACAGAGCAGACCGAUCUGACGGCACCCCGCGCAGCCAGCUCCGAGAACGAGGCAUCUGGCUCGGAGGAGCACGGGCAGCCCGGUGCAGAAGACGCACGAGCUUCGGACUCGCAGGUCUUUUGUGCUUUGCGCGCUCUGGGUCAGCCGAGCAAGAUCCAAGUCAGCCAUGUGUGCAAGCAGCUACUCGCUGCAAACCUUCAAGUGCUGGAAAUAGCCUGUGUCGAUCCGCUAGCAUUGUACCUUAUCUGUUACUCUUCGGCCAAGCUUGCUGUUGCGGAAGCCCUGGUGCGAGACGGGCAUGGCGUGCGCCCAGUGACGGAGGUGUAUCCUGGACCAUCGGCCUCGGUCUUGGCGGCUGCCGGCCUGAGCAGCCUCGCCAUCGCGCAGCCCAAAGCUCGGCCUCAAGACCUCGCCAUGUUCGCGGGCAUUUGGGUCGAGGAUGGUAUAUGGUCUGCUGAUUCCGUUGGUGAUGAAGGUGCUAAUGACGACUCCGCCGGCUUAGAUGACCCAGGCCAAGGUCACCUCCCGCCCUCGGAACGGGCUUUCCACGGGUCGAGGAGACUACGCUUCGUGAGCCGUCGUGGCCUUCUCGCAGAGGCGCAUUUUGGCGAGUCAUUCAGAGUGAUAGCGGGCUCCUUUGCUUUGGAAGACAGCACCUUCGAGCCGAAGGACGACGUCAAGGAGGUGGAAGAAGGCAGCAAGGCAGUUGCUCUUCGAAAGAUAGCUGUCGACACCGAGCCGACGCCGCUGCAUACGGGCAGCUUCACUUCGCAGCUGGUUUCCUCGUCUGAGAUGAAAGACAUCCCCGAAGGAACCGUUUGGCGGCGAAUAUCCCAGAGCGACUCGCACAUGGCUGCUGUGGAGCUGCUGACAGAACAGGCCGGAGGUCCUGGUUCCCCACCUCCCUCCAGUGGGUUGAGGGCAGGUGCCUGGAUUAUCUGUGGCGACUUCUGCUUGCAGGUUCUCGGGCCACCUCGUGGCGAGGGCUUGAUCGGCGGCACCUUGUGUCAAAGCCUGGAGCAGCUGUGCUCAGUUGAAGGCGAAGAAGGGGUCGCCUCUGAGAUGUCGACUCGAUUCGAGGCGUCCGCAGGAAAAGUCCUAGCAGACGGACGCGUCCAGCGAGAUCGGGGUCUGGGUCGGGCUGUAGAGGAGGGUGCUUUGCUUUGCGGCGCUCAAGAAGACGAGAAUGGCUUCAAGACAGCGAGCAUCCUCUACAGCACAGGACUCAUGACCAAGGGUGGAAGCCUCACCUUGGAAAGUGUUGCCGGCUCCUUCACUCAAAUCUGGCGCAUUCGGGAACUUGAGGCAAAUCCUUUUGACAGCCCAGCUCUGCGAGCUUCACGAAGAAUGUCAUCUUUGAGUACAGGAAAGCUUGCGUCGCCAUCUGCCGCAGUGGCACGAAUCGCCUCUGCCAUGGGCCCAAAGGGCAGGGGCAAGAGUGCGGGCAAGGGCAAAGGCAAGGGCAAGAGUGGGAUCAAGGGCUCACGCAGAUCAUCACGGCCAAGUCAGGCAGGCUCCGCACCCUUCCCCAGCCCUGGGCCGAUUGGAGCCUGGUCGAGUGUGCGACCGACGCUGCCUCUUCGAGGUGCAUCCACUCUGUCACGACCACCAGCCCGGCCAAGGCCUGCAGCCCCUCCUCUACGCGUGGGCGGCCUUCCGGAACGAAAGGUGGAAGAUCGUGGUCGGGAACCCCGCGCCAUUGGUGGGCCAUUUCCAGAUCGUUUCUAUGAUCGCUUCCAAAGCAGAAGCGUUACUCUGAAUCCUGCACCACACCGCGACAGCCAUCGCAGUGCCUCGCGAAGAAGAUCGCGAUCGCCAGGUCCUCGUGCUCGUGCAGAACCGAUGGGCGCUCCGUGGCUGACUGCCGCUUGA